AAAAUUUCGGUAAGUACCCUGUCAGAAUCCACAUUCACUUGUACACUUAUCACCAGUGUUUAUUAUCCAGGAAGUACGAUCGUACGAAACUUUCAUUAACUUCUCGUCCCUUGCUCGAAACUCAGAUUUCUGAUAUAGGCUUGACCGAAUCUGUUGCUGUGAAUGGAAGUAUGGCGCUCGUAUCAGACCUCCAAAAGCUCGCGGAGAGAUAUGCAGUGCGACCAAUCUGGAUUGAAGGCCAAUCUGUGAAACCAAAAUUAUAUGCGUCACCAAAAUUACCAGUCCUGCGUGCCGGCAUCGAUUUCUUGAACCUGCAAAGGCCUUGCACAACGGACGAUUGGUGGAACAGCAGAAGCCGCGUUUAUGCUUCCACACAGCAUAAUCGAGUAACCCGUUUGCUGGAUCACUCCGUGUCCAUCUUGAGAUCACGGGAUGAAAAAUCCAACGUUGUCAAGAGUUUUCGUUCCAGCGUUGCCGGGGUUAUGGACCUGAACAACGAAAAUAUGGAGACCGUGGUGAUACCUCGCUGGAAUGGAAAUACAAGCCUUCAGCACUGUCAGCUCGCCUUACACGACAUCCACGUCGCUCUCGAGGAGGUCCUGGCGACUGGUGGCCCUCAAGAAAAAAUACUUCCUCUUGUAACCGUAGAAUGUCCAGACGUCUACACGGCGCUAGAUCGCCCUGCAGUACAUUUCAAGCCCCUUUUUUCAACCAAUUUCUUCAAGGCAAUCGCACCUAGAACGAGCGAAUUAAAUGAAAACCGCGUUCUUGUUAAGGUUUUGCCGUUACUUGAGAAGUUCUGCUUGGUUCUAAUGCAACUCUCGGAUGCCGCCCUAGCAGCCAAUGACUUGGGCAGCGCGUAUGCAUUGUUGCAGACCCAGUUCCACGUUGUGAAAACAAUAACUAAUCUAUUGCGCGUUAAGGAAGAACCCCCUGGCAACGAACGUAAAAAAUUGAGAGGCAAGGAUUGGCCAGCACCACUUGUCGGUAUUGACAGCGUCUAUACACACGUGACCACCAAUUGGAUGUUCGCCAAGUGCCUCAUAAGCAUCUACAUAAAUGCCCAUGCUUGUCCCGAUGAAGAUCUAGAUAUACACAAAAAGCGAUUUAUUGAGCAUCACAAGAAACGGUGCCAGACUGUAUGUGAUGAGCUCAAACCUCUUCUAAAUCAACUACAAAAAAUCGGCUGUGUUGACAUCGCGGGCAGCUAUAAAUUCUCCGUUGAAGAAUGUAUCGUCAAAGCUCGAGACGUGAUCGAACGAUUGGACAUUCCAGAUUCGUUCAAAAGAACCAAAUUCUUUGCACAGCUCAUGCAGUUUUUAAAAAUUCUUCGAGCUCUCCAAAUGCCACCAAAUGAAACAUCCACGACAAAAGAGAGUCAAUUGGACCGGCUGAGAAAAGUUUUCGCUAACGCUCACGUUCUCGAACAACAGCUGAUGGAGGUCGAUUAUCUCGUGAACGGUGAUCUAAGAGUGGCACAUCACAUGAACAUGGCAAAUGUAUUCCAACGUCUUGCUGCUCUUACAUCGCCCAUUAAUCCCAACGUCACAAUGGAAUUGGCGAGGCAAUACAAAAUUGUGCGGUCGAGAUUCAAGCCAGUCAAGCAGUCGCCGCAAGAUCUACAAGAAAAUUGCCUGCUCUCUUUGAAAAAUGCUUUGGCUCUUUUCGAUAACGAAAAUUUCCAUUGGGAGACCAGUUCGCCCGCUGCUAAGAUGAGCUACAUCGGAGUGCUUCAGAAAGCUGUUGUCAUUACCACCAUGAUUCAACUUCAGUCCGUCGAUAUGAACGACGACAGAGGACAUAUGCUCAUUCUGGACACUUGGCGGAGAAUCGUCAGAAUCUGCGAAGUAGAGGAAACUCUCAAGGCAGGAGGUUUACAGACAAAUCCUGGAAACGUUGCAGAAACUGGUCCUUCUAAGCAAGCACAUGCAGGGAUAAAAAACAAAAUUUUCGAAGACUUGACGGGUUAUUCCGCAAAACAGAUAAAAAUUGGGGGCCCAUCAAGAACUAACGUAUCCUUGGAUGAGUCCACCACUCAGAAGGCGAUUCCUGGUUCAACACCUUCCAGUUCACAACAAAUUUCUGUAGACAAGCAAAAGAUGGAUAAAGGUCAAUCGAAAACUAACGUAUCCUUGAGUGAAGCGACCACUCAGCCGACAACUCACGGUUCAUCACCUUCCAGUUCACAACAAGAUUCCUUACAGAAGCUACUGCAUGAACUGCUGCUAAUUGAGAGAAAGCGAGAUAACUUGGAUUUUCGUGGAGUUAAAUUAUUUCGACGAAACUCCGCUAAUGGCAUGGGUGUGUGUGAGAGCGUUGGACUACCAAAACUUAUACACCCGAGUGACACGCUUUCGUCCGUUGGCCAACCAUCUGGUAUGCACUCUCAAAGCGAGUCUCACGAUCAGCCUCGUGAGCCGCCCUAUAGAGCUGCUGGGAUACAACUUUCCUCCCCUCGCAACCGGCACCCAUCUGCUUACAGCGAUCAGCUCCCUUCUGCGUCCAGCGAUCAGCUGCCUUGUGCAUCCAGCGAUCAGCAGCGUUAUGCGCCCAGCGAUCAGCUGCCUUCUGCGUCCAGCGAUCAGCUGCGUUAUGCGUCCAGCGAUCAGCUGCCUUGUGCGUCCAGCGAUCAGCAGCGUUAUGCGUCCAGCGAUCAGCAGCGUUAUGCGUCNCAGCGCUGA